AUGAGUGAACAACCCCAGCAAAAGGUUUCCAUUGUCAUUCUUGGAGAGGGAGGAACGGGAAAGUCAUGCAUUACUAUGCGACUUGUACGGAGCAAAUGGGUGGAUGAGUACGAUCCUACCAUUGAAGACUCAUACUCCACCACCCGAGUCGUCGACGGAGUGUCGUACCGAAUUGACAUCAUCGACACUGCGGGCCAGGAAGAAUACCGAGACAUGCUCGGCAACCUCUUCCAGGUCGACUCCAACAUUGACGCCUAUCUUCUGGUUUACGACAUCACAGCCCCCCAGUCUUUGGAGGCCCUAGAUUACUUCAACGACAUGAUUGACAAGAACGUCGAGGCAGCCGGCGAGCUCACAGACCGACCCCCACCCAUGAAGUUGGUCGUGGGCAACAAGUGCGACCUGACCAACGAGCGGGGAGUGACCGCGGCAGAGGGUCUGCAAUGGUCGCGCGAGCAUGGAUGCGGAUUCAUGGAAACUUCAGCAAAACAGAUGGUCAACAUCGAAGAGACAUUCUCAUCUAUAGUGCGCAAAGUCGCGCAAAGUCGAGCACAACUUCAAGCCCGUCGACAGGGCGGAGCCUUUGGAGGUGCUGCAGGAGGUAGCCGGGUUGGCUCCACUGGUGGAGCAUUGAGAGUCACUCGAUCGCAGGGUCGACUCAGACCACCGGUCAACAGUCAGACCAAGUCAGGCUUUGAUAGUGAGAAGGAUAGCAUCAAGGGUGGAUCCAAGUGCUGUGUUAUCUGCUAG